AUGAAUACAGGCUCCCCAAACAGAACAAGCGGUGUUAAGCUACCAAUAAGCAGUCAUGAGCCAACACUUCACAUCAGUAAUAAAGGAAGGACACUCCUCCUUAAUCCUGAGUAUCUUCUUGAGGGAUCAAUAGAGAAGCACUGCUAUUUGCUUGGUGUCUUACAAAGUGUUCCAAUGCACCAGAAUCUAUCCAGUCGAAGCGAAACUCUCAAAUUACUGGACAAGAAAAGAACUAAUGGUGAGCUACCAUGGAAGGUUGGAGCAAAGGAGAGAGUGACACUCUGGAUAUCAGCUUAUGGCAUAAAGAUUACCAGAAAUGAUGAGAACUUUUCAAUACUGCAUCGAUUUGGUCUGCAUGAGAUUGCUUCAGUUAGUUAUGUACAUGAUGACAGGGAGAAUCUCCUUCUAUUGAAAGUUGGAGGAGAGAGUCGUACACAUUGUCAACUAUUUGUGUUUGCAUGUACCAAAAAGAAACAAGCUGAGGAUAUCUGCAAUGUCAUUGAUCAAGCAUUUGAAAUAGUCUACACUGAGAUAACG